UCUGGACAAGCCUCUCUUUGCAAACUUCGGAUUUUGUUUAGCAAGCCACCGCACCUUCGCCUGCCCCGAAGGCCGGCAAGAACCGCAGGUGCCGCUAAUACUCCAGAGCGCUGAGGACCAGCCUGGAAGAGAAUGACACUGGCAGGGCUGGGAUCAGCGUGGCCUUCGGGACCUGUGGCCCCCAAGCUCCUGUCGUGGAUAUCAGGACUAGGGGCUGGAAUAGUCCUACUGCACUUUGUGCAGAGACUCCUGUUCCCGUACUUCUGGGCCGACUUCUGGUUCCUGCUGAAGGUGGUAUGCUGUGGGGUUCAGAUGGAGCUGUACAGUCGGAAAGGGAAGCUGGUCACUGUCCUGGAUAAAUUUCUGGUACAUGCCAAGAAGCAGCCCCAGAAACCGUUCAUCAUCUAUGAGGGAGACAUCUACACCUAUGAGGAUGUGGACAAAAGGAGCAGCAGAGUGGCCCAUGUCUUCCUGAACCAUUCCACACUGAAAACGGGGGACACUGUGGCUUUGCUCAUGAGCAAUGAGCCGGACUUUGUUCACGUGUGGUUUGGCCUGGCGAAGCUGGGCUGCGUGGUGGCCUUCCUCAACUCCAACAUUCGCUCCAACUCGCUCCUGCACUGCAUCCGCAGCUGUGAGCCUAGGGCCCUCGUGGUGGGCGCAGAUUUGCUUGAAGCUAUAGAAGAAAUCCUUCCCGGCCUCCCAGAAGAUAUCAGUGUGUGGGGGUUAAAAGAUUCAGUUCCACAAGGUGUCAUUUCACUCAAAGGAAAACUGAGCACAGCAUCUGACAAGCCGGUGCCAAGCAGCCACCACGUUGCCUCAAACCUCAAGUCUCCUUAUCUUUAUAUCUUUACCUCUGGAACCACAGGUCUACCUAAAGCAGCUGUGAUUACUCAGCUGCAGGCUGUAAAGGGUUCUGCUGGACUGUGGGCUUUUGGUUGUACUUCUGAUGACAUCAUUUAUAUAACCCUUCCUCUGUAUCAUAGCUCAGGAUCUCUCCUGGGAAUUGGUGGAUGUAUUGAGUUAGGAGCUACUUGUGUGUUAAAGAAGAAAUUUUCAGCAAGCCAAUUUUGGAAUGAUUGCAAAAAGUAUAAUGUGACCGUGUUUCAAUAUAUUGGAGAAAUUUGUCGCUACCUUUGCAAACAACCGAAGAGAGAAGGAGAAAAGGACCAUCAGGUGCGUUUGGCAGUUGGAAAUGGUGUUCGGAGUGAUGUAUGGAGAGAAUUUUUAGACAGAUUUGGAAAUAUUAAGAUGUGUGAGUUUUAUGGAGCCACCGAAGGAAACAUUUGUUUUAUGAAUCACACUGGGAAAAUUGGAGCCGUGGGGAGAACAAAUUUCUUUUACAAACUUUUUUUCAUUUUUGACUUGAUCAAGUAUGACUUUGAGAAAGAUGAACCCAUUAGAAAUGAACAGGGCUGGUGUAGUCGUGUGAAAAAAGGAGAACCUGGGCUUCUCAUUUCUCGAGUGAAUGAAAAGAAUCCUUUCUUUGGUUAUGCUGGGAACAAGAAGCACACCGAAAAGAAAUUGCUAUGUGAUGUUUUUAAGAAGGGAGAUGUUUACUUUAAUACAGGAGAUUUAAUGGUCCAAGAUCAUGAGAAUUUCCUUUAUUUUUGGGACCGUAUUGGAGACACCUUCAGAUGGAAAGGGGAAAACAUUGCAACCACAGAGGUUGCUGAUGUUAUUGGAAUGUUAGAUUUCAUACAAGAAUCAAACGUCUAUGGUGUGGCUGUGCCAGAUUGUGAAGGAAAAACAGGAAUGGCCUCUAUUAUUUUAAAACCAAAUAAGUCUUUAGACUUGGAAAAAGUUUAUGAACAAGUUGUAACAUUCUUACCAGCUUAUGCCUGCCCACGAUUUUUAAGAAUUCAGGAAAAGAUGGAAAUGACAGGGACAUUCAAACCAAAGAAGUUUCAGAUGGUGCAAGAAGGAUUUAGUCCAUUAAAAAUUUCUGAUCCACUUUACUUCCUGGAUAACUUGAAAAAAGCUUAUGUUCCCUUGACCAAAGAACUUUAUGAUCAAAUCAUGUUAGGUGAGAUCAAACUUUAAGAUUUUUUUAUAUA